GCCACCAGAGCCACCAUCUGUCUCCUUAUUAGGUUUUGGGAGACCGAUUUUUUUUUUUUUUUUUUUUGCUGAGCGUGUGAUUGUUCUCGACCAGCUUCAGGAGAAGCUAAUUUGAGUAGCUUGUCAUUAUACGUUACCGAAAAAGAAAAUAGAUGGUUCGCUCGAAAGCUCCUGCAAAGAAGCAGCAAAAGAAAGGAAUUGAUUUUAAGAAAAUUAAGAGAAAGCUCGGGAGGAAAUUACCUCCACCAAAGAAUGCCACUAAUACAGAGAUUAAAUCCAAAGCAAUUAUACUUCCUGAGCAAAGUGUGGGAGCAGAAAAGAGUGGCUUAGCUACGAGUAAGAAAGGAUUGACCUUGAAGGAGCUUCUGCAACAAACUUCCCAUCACAAUGCCAAAGUUCGCAAAGAUGCGUUACAUGGCAUCGAAGACCUUUUCAGGCAUCAUCCAGCUGAGCUGCAGUCACAUAAAUGUGCUAUCAUAGAGAAACUUAGGGAACGCAUUAGAGAUGAUGAAGAGUCAGUGAGAGAUGCUUUCUGUGCACUAUUUAAAUCUAAGAUCUUUCCUGCUUGUAUAGAGGAUAACCAGGGCCCGAUGGUGUCACUUUUGAUGCCAUACAUAUUUAGCGCUAUGGCUGAAUCUGCAAUUGAUGUUCGUUUGAUGGCUUUCAAAUUCUUCCACCUUGUUGUGGAGUACUACCCGCCUACCUUUUCCUUGUAUGCUGAAAAGAUUCUCGAAAACUACAAGGAUAUCAUUCAGAAAAACCAUUUCUAUGUGCAAGAUAAGAGUAAGCUAAAGGUAGCACUUUCUGGGUUGGCACACUGCCUGUCGCUGUUGCCAUGUGAUGAGAGUGACACCGAAUCACAGAAAAAGGGAAAUUUUCAGAAUGAAACGCUACUGGCCUAUGAGCAAGAUGCUGCAAAAGAAUGUGUUCGUUUUGCCCAUGUCCCCGGGAGAUUGAAGGAGAUUGUUGGAAUCUUAAUCAACUGUUUCCAAGAUUUCAUUCCAUUGAUUCAUGCUCCGCGAGGCUUCGAUGAAAAAUCCUAUGAUUGUAUACGCCAUAUACUUUGCAGCAUAAGUUAUGCAAUCAAGUUUUCAAUUCGUAGGUACAUUCAAAGACAGACUAUAUGUCUACCUGCAUCGGUGGAUGUUACUCUGAUGAUAUUGGAUCAAGACAUUGCAUCAAUGUUAUCGAAAAAGUUACUUGGCUCUUUCCCCCUUAAUCCAGAGAACAAUCUUUCUGGAAAGGGUGAUGAAAGGUACUUCGUCCUCAAUAGCGUAUUGACAGAAAUAUUUUUGGAAGUAAGUGAAUGGAGCCACCUUCCUACUGAUCUUUGCAAUAGAUUUCUGGAAUUUAUUGAGAAUACACUACUAGGCAAGAUCACCAGGAGCAAUAGGAUAAGAAAAUCUAGUCAAGAAAAGACUUCACUUGCACUGUUGCCCUUUGUUCCAAAACUUAUUUUGAGGGUGGACCCGGAUUGGAGAGAUAAUCUUCUGCAGGCAUUUACUAUUGCCUUCAACGAUUGCAAACCAGAGUCUCCGCUUACGUUGGCCUGUAUUUCAAUCGUUAGAGACGUGAUUAUCCCUAAUGGAGAUAUCCUUUAUCCCAGUGCAAGUGAUUCAACAGUAAAUAACUACCAGAGUGCUUGGGUCAACAAACUUCCAUCGCUGCUAAAUCAGCUGGGUGAUAAAUAUCCUUUAUCUACGCAGGCUGUUUUGCAACUUUUGCUUGACCUUGGGCGAGUUGGAUGUCUGAAUGCUUCCCCCACAUUUGAAGAAGACAUCAGAAACUUCUUCAACCCUUGUCAGGGAGAAGGUGAUGUGUCUGGUGGGGCUUUUGCAAGUCUCCCUAGGGAAGUCCAAGACUUGGCUCUCUCUUUUCUUUACUACUUCACGAUAGACAAUUUUAGUUCUCCUAUGCUGGAUUCAAUAGUUUCAUGCUGUCUAUAUCCACAACUUGAACAAGCUGUGUUGUAUCGGAUAGUGGAAAUUCUUCACACUGCCUAUAGAGCUGGAUAUAUCCAGAUUACAGAUCAUUUCAGCUUCCUCAUCACCUUAAUUGCACGUUUUAAAGUUGUUUCAGAGAAAGGCCAGUUAGCGAUGGAGUGUAAUGUGCAGGAGACAUAUCGUGGCACAUUAAAAGUACUUACAAACCUUGUGUGCUCUUGUUUGUCAGAAAUGGGUGAUGGCUCUCUCGUCCUCCAGAUUCUAGAGAAAGUUUUACUCGAACAAAUAAUUCUGAAGCCUGCGUUGGACAAUGGAUGUGCCAUACUCAGGAUGAUAUGUGCGUUGGACUCUAAACCUACUAGACUUUCUGAAAGUAGCAUAGCUACUCUAAGUGAUUUUUUACCGGGAUAUCUGAUCGAGAUUGUCAAUUGUAUACCAGAAGAUAAGGAGAACUCUUACCAAUACAAUCAAACAUGUCUCUACUAUUUAGUACCUUGCUAUUUCCUGUUCGACCGGAGCUCCAAACUCACAGAACAAGUUCUCAAAAGAAUGCAAUCGAUGGUUAGUGAAAACACUCAAGCGCUGGAAUCUGUCCAGGACAAAGAAAGCGGUCAAAACUCAUUGAAGUUGAUACACUGCAUUGUCUCUGUGAUCCUGCUGAUGCACAACGAUGUCAAAGUUAGGAAGAUCAUAUUGUCAUCCAAGUCAGAGUUAGAUUUGAUUCUGCAGAACGUUGUUUCCUUACAGUCCUCUGGAAGCAGUAGCUUGACGGUAGAAGGAAAACAUAUGAUGAAAUUUAAAGGAGAGCGACUUAAGUUUGCAUGCAAUAGCUUACUUACUUUAUAAGUUUAAAGUUAUUACACACAGUAAGAAGUUGUUUCACAGCUGUAACAUGAGAUGAUAAAGGCUUUCUUUACAAAAGAUGCUUAAGAAGAUUUGAAGAUUUAAUUUGCUUUUAUUUGUAGCAGCAUCUUCAAC